UUCCGUCUUUCAACAGUCAACAGUAACUAACUUGUUGAUUGAAUCACGCCUUCAAUACACAGAUGCUGCCUAGUGCCUUGGCGUACGCUGUCAUACCAUCCACUGGGCCCGAAGGGGUAUCUAUCUAUCUAUACUCUACCCGUGAUUUCCAGGGAUCAAGGCGGUGCAAGAAGUGUCACCCUAAGUGGGACAGUGCUGUAGACCGAUAUCUGGAACGAACUCUUUCUCUUCCCUCCACUAACGAUGGACAGCUACUCAGAGAUUGCCAGCCUCGACUCUUUUACCGGCACCGAAACCUCAAGAUCGACGGUUCCAGGACUUGGUUACCUCUCGGGGAAAGCUAUCAAGAGACUUGGAGAAGCCGUGCUCAAUAGUGUGGAUUAUCUUGUGGUCAACCGCCAGCUGAAUCGGGUCGAAGCCCGCAUCAGGAAGGACGGAUCCCUGGACAAGCAUGAGGCUGAAGGUCGGGAUAUGUGUAGUAUAUUGCUCGAGUUGACUCACCCCGGGUAUUCGUUUCCAGUGCAAACGAGGGCUCUACGUUUGAUAAUGGAACAUAUCGGUUCAAUGAAUUUCAAAUCCCUUGCUGCAGCCCUGGUCGCGAACUCGUCUUUCACAACUCACCGUCAUCUUUCGACGAUCAUUGAAUGUUUAUGGAGCUCUCGGGGGAUAGGGUAAGUUAUGUCCUGUGACUCGGAUAGGUGACAUCCAGUCGACUCUAAAUCGUCUUCUAAGCGUUUCCUCUGACACUGCUACCAUCCGUGAUUCAAUGACCACAAAAAAGAUCGCAGCAUGUCAGGACGCAGGUUAUGAAGCAUACAUGGCAGCUUUUACCAACUCGAAUGACAUGUCCGUUCUCUCUUCAUCUUCUGCCUUCAUCCUAUACUUGGCCUUUGUAGUCACUAUUGGCUCAAAAGACCACGCGCGAAUCAUCUUCAGCCUCGAUAUUUUGCGAUUUUUGGAAGCGAUAGGUUUAUUCGGCCCAUUCCGAUCGCGCAACGAAACAAUAGCCGGACGCCUUCUGUUGCACGUUAUCGCGCUCAAAUUGGAUCCUAUUCAAGAUGCAGAUGCGGUGGCCAGUAUUGAAAACAACAUUUCUACGUUGAAAAUGUCGCGUUCUCACCCGUCGAAUCCGAGUUCAAAUACAAAAGAUGAUAUGGAAGAUGUAUGGGCGCGGUUGGACACUUGGUACACCGUAGAAUCUUCACAGCAAAGUCCGCUGAUUGACUUCGUUUCGGAUGCAAUCGAGUUCAUAAGGGACGACACUCUAUUCAGGAACAUGCAACCGAGGGUAAUGGGCCUCCCGAAGGAUGUGAAAGUCCUGCUUCUAGGUUGUGGUGAAAGCGGAAAGACCACUAUCAUGAAGCAGCUGAUACUAUCUCACCGUGGAUCGGAGCAAUUUGCCUCUCAAUUUCCGGACGAGGCCAGGUAUAGAUGGGAUUUAGCCAAAGGCGUCGUUUCGUCCCUCGAAGGACUGAUGGAGAAAAAAUUAGGACAUGCCCCCGAAUGGGAUUGGGGAUUCGUCGACGACUUCUGGGCGUCCGCGGAGUUGAGCAUCACAGACCUAAAAAUGCUUAUGUCUUCCAUACGGGCGCAUCCCAAAGGUCUUGCUUCAUUACAAUCACUAGCAGACGAGAACCUAUCCUACCGUUUGAGCGUGCUCAAGCGUUACGAAGGACUACCGUCAUCAGAAUACGAAUCUUAUGUGCCUACAGAAGAAGAUCUUGUUCGGUAUUACAUCAAAACACUCGGAUUAUACGAAGAAACGUUUGAAACAGCCACUAGAAACUACCAUGUUUGGGAUUGUGGAGGACAGAGACCCGAACGAAGGAAGUGGAUUCAUUGUUUCCAAGAUGUUUCUGUGAUGUUGUACAUCGCCUCCCUCACUGAUUAUGAUCAAGUUCUUGCCGAGGACGAAGAAUCCAACCGAAUGCAGGAUGCUUUAACAGUAUUUGAUUCACUCUGUCAUACAAGAUGGUUCAAGAAUACCCCCGUAAUUCUGGUGCUCACAAAUCGGGAUCGCCUAACCCACCAAAGGCUAUCGCUAUCACCUCUUGAAUCUCACUUUCCAGACUACACCGGGGGUCCAGACGAAAAUGCAGCUUUUGAAUAUAUCAAAGGAAUGUUUCUUCAACUGUGCCAAGAUCGAGCCGGGGUGUCGGUGCACGUGAUGAACCCGAAUAGUGCUGAAGAGGUAAAAACUUUGUUCAAACGUAUUGAUGAAGUUCUGGACUCCAGCUCAUCAUCUCCAAACGAACCCUGAAUGCUAGGAGAAAAGGAUUCCAGCGAUGGAAAGGGUAGAGAGCAUAUGCUCGAUAGAGGUCUAGGCGAAAUAUCUCCAGUUGACGUCGAUGUAUGAUGGAGAAAUCCCUGGCUGAAGUCGUUCAUGGAUUGACAGAGGGCUCGAAUGUUUCUCCUGGAUGCGACGAACGAAAUCACUCCUAGAGAUGCAGGAGAUGAGGGUCGAAAAGGAUGGAUCACCUAUGUACCAUUUGGGAUGGAUGUUGAUGUUGGGACUCGCACCUUGAGUACGAUAAACUUUAACUGUAUGGGAUGCCGCCAACAUCAUAUCCAAUGUCGACGAUUUCAUUUAUUUCUUCAUAGAGUUCUAGGUAUAAAGCUAAGCACUCCCAGCCAACGUCGACGACUUGACUUGUGUCUCUCAAGGACCUAGUCUGCUCGGAUUCUAAAAGCCGAUAACUUAUGCAAAACAGGACGAGUAUCUGGUGAGAGAAGGACUCAGGCUUGGUCUUGGUUGGGGGCAGUCUGGGUUCUGAUUCAUAGGAGAAUCCCCCCGUCAAUGACUGGAUCCAUGAUAACUGUAAACGGCCGUGAAGAUUAGAAAGGUCUUUCUGUUUGAUCCCUAGGUUUCAUGAGCCUGCCCGGACUUCCAGCGCCGUUUACGGCUAAAGAACAAUGUAACCGGCCAUUAAAGAGGGGCCGGCUCGAUCCAUGGGUAUUUUCGGGGAUGCCGGAUCGGACCGAAACCUAAGUCGGUCACGGGCAUGACAUCGACUUUCCUUCUUUCCGUCUUCAUCGACAGAGCUUCAACAGUCAACAGUAACUUGUUGAUUGGAUCAAGAACAGAUGCUGCGACGCUGUGAUGCACUUACGUGCGAUGUUCAGGGACCAAGCGGUGCAAGAAGUGUUGCCUUGUACAGUGCUGUGGACCGAUAUCUGGAAUGAACUCUUUCUCGUCCCCCACUAACGAUGGACAGCUACUCAGAGAUUGCCAGCCUCGACUCUUUUACCGGCACAGAAACCUCAAGGUCGACGGUCCCAGGACUUGGUUACCUCUCGGGGAAAGCCACCAAGAGACUUGGAGAAGCCGUGC